UAUGGAUCGGCGUUUGGGUGCCAACCUUGUCGGGUGGCGCAUUGCGUCGUACAUCGCGAGUAUUUGGUCUGGGGACAACGACUUAUCCCCCCCGCACACUUCCACCCGACGCGACCUGACCACCUGCCAUGCCAUUCUACCGAGGCUACCCGCGGCAACGCGGCAACGCAGCCGACCACCCCACCGUGUACAACAAAGACGAUUCGCUCGUGGAUGCCGUGCGGUCAGGAGACGUCCAGCAUGUCGCGGCCAUGCUUCGCGACCCCACGUGCGACGUGAACGCCGUCGAGUUUGACCCAGACGAUUGUUCAGAGACCACGGCGCUCCUCCUCGUGGCGCGUCUCGGGCGAGCCGACAUGGCCAAGUUGCUCCUGGCCCACCGAAACGUGCUUCUCAGUGUUGUGAAUGAGCUGGGAGAGACCCCGUUGAUCGUGGCGAGUAAAUGCGGCAACGUCGGAGUCGUCGACCUCCUCCUCAAGCAUGUCCACGUACAAGUGAACGAGCUGUCCAGGCACUAUAGCCGUACCGCGCUCAUGUACGCCUGUGACAAUGGCCACACCGACGUUGUCGCUGCGCUUCUCCAGCACAAAGACAUCAACGUGAACUUGGAGAACGAGAGCGAGGAGACGGCGCUCAUGUUUGCCGCCAACGCGGCGAUUUUGCGCAUGCUCCUUGCCCGCCCCGAGAUUCACUCGAUCAACAAACGAAACACGUCGGGCAAUGCGGUUGUAAACCAUGCAGCGUGGAGAGGCCUGACCGACGUCAUGCAAGUGCUCCUGGCGCAACCGGACAUCGACGUGAACUUUGAGAACCGAGCUGGCAACACAGUGCUCUAUCACGCAUGCAGCGAAGGCUUCCCCGAAGUGGCUUGCAUGCUAUUGGCAUGGCCCCACAUCAACGUCAACUUUGGCUCGCGUACUGGAUGCGAACCAUUGAUGGCUCCCUGCAUCAAAGGACAAGCCACCGUCGUUCGCAUGAUGUUAACCAAGCCCGACAUCAACGUAAAUUUGUUCAAGGACGGCACGACGCCGCUGCAUGCGGCCAUCAAGCACGAUCACUUGGACGUUGUCGAUGCCUUGCUGGACGGCGCGCCUUGCCUUCGAGCCGAUCGGCGCGACGACUACGGCUUGACCGGGUUUGAAUACGCCAUGAAAUUGAAACGCUACUACAUUGCGGAGCGGUUUGUCCAUCACGACGUUGGCGACAUUCCGUUGGUGUACGAGAACGCGUUGCUCCUCGAGUACUUGGCGCCGUGGUUGUCGGUGGUGUCGGCACGGGCCCUCCUUCUCCGCGACCUGCCGGUCCACGUUGCAAACGGCGUGCUCCGAUCAAACGAGAGCCACUCGUAUUCGUGGUCCAAGUUCCUCGAUUCGAGUGUCGCUGUGCCGCCAUCCGUCCGUAUCGACACGAUUCGGUCGUUGCACACGUUUGCAUCGGUCGUGGACAACGCCGAGUUGAUCAAAGAGUUGGCAUAUGCCAAGGACGAGCACGGCCGCGACGCGCUGCACACGACUGACGCGACGACGCGGGAGUUUUUGAAGGGCGUGAUCCACUUUUGUGGACGGUACGAUAUCUUUGACGGGCCACCGAUUCACGUGAGCGCGACGGCGGUGGUCGUGCAUGCAUACGACCACGGGAUUUGCAUGCAAGUGUUUGACGAGUUCGCCGAAGACAACGGACAACUGACCGAGGACGGGUUCGUCGCAUGCAGCCAGACGCUAGGGCGCUUGUCCACGGAUCGCAACGCGACCCACAUGAAGUUUGAGCGCGAGGCGGACUCGUGGAAGAAGGAAUUUGAGCUCUGGGACAAGGACGGCAACCGGGAAAUGUCGGCGGAGGAGUUCCUGCGGUACUGCGGGCAGUACUUUGGCGGAAAAUUGAAGGUCGCGAUGAAAUUCAUGCGCCACAAAGACGAGUACGAUCGCGAAGUCCGCGCGCGGCGGGGACUCGACCCGACGUGUGUGCUGGCGCUGCUGCCGUCGCUAGACGCCACGACGUUCGCAACGCACGUUGGACGAUUGAAACUCCACGACGACGCGCUCGACAUGGCCGUGUAUCCUCAUGUCGUUGUGAUGCCGGCCGCCGAUCGGAGUUUGGAGGACAUUUUCCAAAAGGAACGACCGAGCGAUAAACUCGUGCGAAGCAUGCUCUUUGACGUGACGACCGCGCUCCGCCAUCUCCACGACCACGGGCUCGUCCACGGCGACGUCAAGAAGCUCAACGUGCUCCGUGUUCACAACCAACUCAAACUGAUCGAUCUGGACGCGGCCGUCAGGAUCGGACAUCCUGUCGGGAUGAAAUUCAGCUCCGGCAACCUGCCACCAGAGAUGUUUUACGUGCUCCGAAACGCCGACGAAGCGGACCAGGUGGCGCAGUACUGGCGCGGCGUCGACGCAGACGAAUGGCGCAAGGUCAAACCACGCGAGAAUGUCGUCGUCAAGUCGUUCCGUCCGGAAUUCGAAAGUCAAGACGGGGCGCUGCCGUACGACCUCGUUGACGCCGCCGAGGCGCUCGACGUGUGGGCGCUCGGGUGCAUGAUGUACCAAAUGUGGAGCGGAGUCGAGCUCAACCCCACCGACGUCAACCAAGACGUAGUGUCCGAUCGCAUGCUCGCUGCGGCAUCUUGGACGGACGAGUUGCUGUCCCAGCGUCUGCGGGCCAACAUCGCCGACCCGAUCGCGCUCGACCUCGCGUCCCGCCUCCUCAUCGUCGAUCCCAAUGCUCGGUGGAAUCUCGACCGCGUGCUGUCGCACGCGUACUUUUCCGGAGAAGUGGCCACGUCCGCUCUAGUGAACCAAAUCGUGCUGCUGGAGCAAAGCCAGCACGAUUUGAAUCAAACGUUUGUCGAGUUGACAGCCACCUUGCAGGAAACCACGAUCGCCGCCAACGUCCGCGACCGGGUGCGAGAGGCCCAGGAAUCCAUCGUGCGGGCCGUGUUCGACGUGUCGGGGGUGUCGGUGCCAACGUCGUUCGUCUUGCUACCUCCAGUUGGCUCUGACGCGUCGACGAAGAGUCCCGCUGACGUGAACUCGACCAUCGCCUUUCUCGGCCACCUCUUUCAGUUCGGAGCCGCCAUCGCUGACACGUCCAGCAGCUCGGACGAGUCGGCGCGCGCUGUUUUGGCGAAUGCGUUUGCCGCCGAUGGUCUCGACUUGUACUUGGUCGAUGAAAUGACGGGCGACGUCGUGCGAGACGACCCGAACGGCGUGUACCCCAUCCACGUUCCGAUCAACUCGAUGUUCAUCGCGGCGGCGUUGCCGUGUGUCCAAGGCGCAUUGGCACUUCUACAGAAAUGCCACGGAGUGAGCUUCGUCUUGUCUCUGGUGGACAGCAGCCUUGGAGUCGCCGUCGACAAGUCCGUGCCGCGUGAACUUGAGUCGACGUUGCAGAGCAUUCUUCCGUUGCUCACGACGCCGCUGGGGCCAUUUGAAGUUGCUACAGCAAGCAGCGAUGGUACCGUCAACAAUGCAAACAAGCUCGAUGUGAGGGCACACGAGCUCGAGCAAUUUUUCGCCCAACACGACGUGGACAGGACGUUCGCCGGGUUGUCGCGCAAGCUGUUGGCGGACGGUCGCGUUGUCUGGACCAAGGAGCCGUCGACGACUCCGACGUGUGUAGAUAGCGUGUGAUUCUGUGAAAAAGACUCGUUGGGCUAUCGGAGGGUCAUC